GGUUUAACUUUGAAAGAACCGAUGACGUAAUUCCCCUGCGACAAACAUAUUCUCGAAGAAGGCGGCAUGAUGGAGGUUUCUGCUUCUAAUAAUGUUUCUCUCAGAGAGUUCGGCUGUGAACAGAAUCUGCUGUCCAGACCGGACGGCUCGGCGUCGUUCGUCCAGGGGGAUACGAGUGUGAUGGCCGGCGUUUACGGGCCUGCUGAGGUCAAAGUCAGUAAAGAAAUCUAUGAUCGGGCCACUCUGGAGGUGUUGCUUCAGCCUAAAGUGGGACCAGCAGGUGUGAGGGAGCAGUCACAGGAGCAGUGUGUGAGAGAAACGUGUGAGGCAGCUCUUCUCUUGUCUCUUCAUCCUCGCUCCUCGCUGACCCUCAUCCUUCAGGUGCUGCAUGACGACGGCUCGCUCCUGUCCUGCUGCCUGAAUGCGGCCUGCAUGGCUCUGAUGGAUGCAGGCUUGUCCAUGAGCUGUCUUUUCUGUGGAGUGACGUGCGCCAUCGGUGCGGACGGUGACAUCAUCGCAGAUCCCACAGCAGCUCAGGAGAAAGAAAGUCGAGCGUUGAUGACUUUCGCCAUCGACAGCACAGAACGAAGAGUGAUGAUGUCAUCGACCAAAGGUUCAUUUUCGGUCCAGGAGCUGCAGGAAUGUGUAGCCGUCAGCCAGAAAGCAUCGGAGAAGGUCUUCCAGUUCUACAGAGACUCCGUGAGACGGCGCUACUCCAAAAACCUCUGAUUCCCCCCCCCCCUUCCAAGUCUUCUUUUAAUAGAAAGCAUAAAUAUUCAGUUUUUAUUAAUUAUUUUCAAAUAAAAAGAGAGGAAAAUCUUUUCA